CUCUAAUAUAUGAUAUAUACAGCCAGAAUUUCUUCCCUGCUAAAGGGGCAAAAAAGCGAAUAUGUUUUAGUCCUGGGGUGCACAUAUUGUAGUCAGCACUGUAGACUGCUGUACAAGCUCUCAGACAAUGAAAAAAGCGGUCUAUUGUAUCAUUUUAUGUAUGUACAUGCCAUUCUACUACUUAUAUACAUGAGUGAGCAAGGGGAAAGCUCUGGUGCAGCAGUAGAGCCAGGGAGGUAUGUGGGAAUAGUGAGAUUAUUGGAAUAUCCUAAUUUGGUGAUUUUUCCGGUGGUAGUGCUAUUCUUGGAAGCAAAACCAUACUGUUUCUAGUCAGUGAGUAUUAUGCUUAAUUUUAACAGUAUAGCCUG